UCAGUAUCAACUAGUGCCGUGCGUGUCCCACCGCGCCGCUGGUUGCGUGCUUUACAGUACGCGUCGCCAUAUAAGUGUAUAAUUAUAAUCUAUGGCCGGUAUCUGUGGCAUAUCAAUUGAUACGUACUUCUUCAUGAGCUUUCUAACAUUUGUUGUCCGCGCUCACCGCUCCCCUUGCCGGGCGCCGCGCCGCUCUUGGCUGUGGUCAGGAGUGUGCGCCGCUAGUUCCAUUCCGCUGGUGCCAGGGGAUAACAGCCAUUAUGUAGAAGGUGAAAGUCGUUAUAUUUGGAUGCCCGAUGGUGAGGGCGUUCCACAGCUUGUAGAUUUACAAGAACCAGUAAACGAGGCUUUCCUUCAAUCAAGAAACGGGGCAAACAAUCGGUACUGGCUGUUUACUAGGCAAAAUCGUAAUAGCGCUCAAACAUUAACAAACGGAAAUGCAAACUCCGUACAUAAUUCUAAUUAUCGCGGAAACCGCCCACUAAAAGUUAUCGUUCACGGGUGGGAUAGUGAUGGUAAUUCUAAUAUGAAUCCUUUGAUAACUUCUGCAUUUCUCGACACGCAAGAUUGUAAUGUAAUUGUUGUUGACUGGCGGCAACUUGCUAACCAAAACUAUAAUACCGCGGCUAGUGGAGUUCCCGAUGUUGGAAACCAUCUGGGCAGAUUUCUACAAUGGCUUUUCAACACAGCUGGUGGUAACUGGAACAAUGUCCAUUUAGUCGGGUUUAGUUUGGGAGCUCACUAUCUGAUUUAG